AUGGAUAUCGCAACUCCUCGCGUCCUGCCCUCCCACCUGCACGCCUUCGCCCCCGGCUCCGCCAACCCAUCCAACAAGACCACCGUCCGCCUGUUGGGUGUUAUCACAACCGUCUCCGGCGACCAAGCCACCCUCACAUGCGGCAACGAUGCCGUCACCAUCAUACUGAAUCGCGAUUCCCACCUCUCCCCCUCACACCUCUACGAAAUCGUCGGCAAAGUAAUCAACCUCGACGGCGGCGCUGGCCUCGGCAUAAAAGUCCUCAGUAGCUGCGAAUGGCCCAAGAACGAAAGAGGAGAGCUGCCUGAUAUCAAGCUCUUUGAGGCGGUGGUGGAUGCGACGCACAAGGUACGGGAGAUUUUCUAUGAGGGUGGGAGUGGCCAAGAGGACGGUGGCAUGUUCGUCAAUUGA